AGAUCGAUAGACGCUCUUCAACGAAAUUGGAUUUGUGUCUAAAGCAUUACCCACAUCGGCAAACGCACAAGGGCGACCAUAUCCAAGUCCGGAUAAACACAUGGUUCCAGAUGCUAAUUGGGCAGUGUCGUGACAGAUCAUAAGAUAAGAGACGAGGCAGCGCAAAGCGAGAGAGAUGAGCGAGAAGAAAAGACACGCGACAAGAAGAGGCAAGAGACGCGAGGAGGGCAGCAGGCGGCAUAAUGUGCAGACGAAGGUAUUCACCAUCAAACAAAUAGAGAGAAGAUAUGGUCGACACGAAGGCAAAAUGAGACAUACACAGCGACAAAGCAGGCGGCGCAGCAGCGAGGAACAUGAGGGCGGGAAAAGGAGGGACAGGAUCGCCACUGAGCCAGACGUGCGCAGGGGUCGAAUCAUAAAAGAACUGUGAGAAUUGCCCGGUAACUAUUCUCCUUUGACACGCCAUAGCACCGCCAAGGCGGCGACGCUGAGCAUGAGCACGCCCACCGCUGUCGACAUCUGUGCUGAAUGUUGAACCAUCUGUCGGCACAGUGCUGUGAGCAAACGCACGAAAACGAAGAGAACAAAGCUCACUGGCGCCAGGUGUGCGCCCUUCAGAUUGGCGGCGGCGGCAGACGAGGCGUGUGCGGCGUCAUCUUCCGUCGUCAUCGUCGUCGUGGAUCCUGUCGAUGCCUUCCGGACCGACGACUCUGGGGUGAUGGGAUAGUGCUUCAAGGACAUGAUCCUCGCAUCGUCGCUUGCGUGACGCACGUCCGAGUCCGAAUCGUCCUGCGCCCAAGGCACGCGCGCGCGUGCCUUGGAUACUGACUGGCGCUUGUCAUCGAGCAGUGUCGCGCCCUCGGACGAACUCGCGUACCCACCGUCGUCCUUAUUCAACUCGGCCGAGUGCGAACGCGAUCGGCCCCGGGAGGUCGCCGGCCGUUUCCGCCGAUGACGCUUGCCCGAGUCAGACGAGAUACUGCGCGGACUGGGAGGCGUGACGAGCCCGACGCCGUUGCGCGCGUUCCCGUUUGCCUUGAGCUGGUGUUGCUGCAGCGUCGCGAGCCCGGCAUCCACCUUCGCGACGGCGCCGUCAAACCCCUCCUCGGCAGCCCGCACGCGCGCCUCCCAAUCCUCACGCGCCCUAUUGAUCCGCGCGCGCUCCUCAGCCCAUUCCUCACGGACGCCGCUCCACUGGCCCUC